UCCCAAUCACUAAGGUGGUUAAAGAUAACCCUGAAUUUGUGACCGUUUCGGUAUAGGGGUUUAGCAAGUACGCAAAAUUGAGCUACAACAACUACAAGAACCUCUUGACACUCAGAUGCUACGUACAAAGUGUAGCCACCGGCAUAUACGUCUUUGACAAUGUUAGAGUCCCCUCCUUCUGGUGGAGAUACAGUGUUUGUUGACGCAAAUGAAGCGUACGAGCGCUUGUUUCCAGGGUUCAAGGGGCGCUUGCAUGGCUUAACAACUCACUCUGCCCACCAACAGGCUGAAAUCUCUGUCAAGACUGACGGGGUACUUAGAAAACCAAUCAUCACGGCCCAUCCGGUGGUAAGACAACAUCCCAUCACCAUGAGGAAGGCUAUUUUUGUGAACUCGGUUUUACUCGUGAGAUUGAGGGAUAUAAGAAGGAGGAAAGCGACUACUUGUUAAAAUUCUU